AUGCCCCCCGCGACCCCCGCCCAGCAGUGCCUGAACGUGAGCCAGCUGCUGGUGAAUUUCGGGCUGGACUCGGUGGCGCAGCUGACGCCGGAGCAGUUCACACUCCUGUGCCCGGCGCUGCUCUACCAGAUCGACAGCCGCGUCUGCAUCCAGCACAGCGAUGAGGUGACGCUGCCUCCCCCGGGGGGGGCCCUGUGGCCAGCGCUGGGCUGGGGUCUCCUGGCCGUGCUGGCCGUGAGCCUCCCCUCGGUCCUGGCCGUGCUGCUGCUGCCGCUGCUGAGCCGCGGCUCCUUCCGCUCGCUGCUCGCCUUCCUGGUGGCCCUGGGUGGGACACUCUGCGGGGACGCCCUGCUGCACCUCUGGCCGCACGCGCAGGGGAGGCACCCGGAGGAGCCGGGGGAACCGGGGGAACCGGGCCCCGCGGUGCUGCAGGGGCUGGCGGUGCUGGGGGGCAUCUACCUGCUCUUCCUGCUGGAGCUGCUCCUGGGGAUGCUGCGGCACCGGCGGGAGGCCACGGGACACCCCCAUGGAGAGACCCCCGGCCCGCCCGCGGGGGUCCCGGCACCGUCACGGGCAGGGACCGAGCUGCGACACCUGACGGCACCGGACCCGGAGCUGGAGCUGAGACCCCCCGAGCCCCCCCCGGGACCCCCCCAGGGACCCCCGCACGGACACUCCCACGGACACUCCCACGGACACUCCCACGGACACUCCCACGGCCCCGCGCUGCCCCUCGCGUCCGCGGCCGCUGACAUCGUGUGGAUGGUGGUGCUGGGGGACGGCGUCCACAACCUGACCGACGGGCUGGCCAUCGGAGCCGCCUUCUCUCACAGCCUCUCCAGCGGGCUCAGCACGGCUCUGGCCGUGCUCUGCCACGAGCUGCCCCACGAGCUGGGUGACCUGGCGGUGCUGCUGCGGGCGGGCACGGCCCCGCGCUCCGUCCUGCUCCUCAAUUUGCUCUCGGCCCUGCUCUCCUGCCUGGGGGUGCUGGCGGGGGUCGCCCUGGGCCGCAGCGGGACCCCCCCUCGCCCCCUGGCUCCUCACCGCCACCGCCGGCAUCUUCCUCUACGUGGCUCUGGCCGAUAUGCUCCCCGAGGCGCUGCGAGGCUCCGGCGAGGGCGGCUGGAGCCGCUUCGUGCUGCAGAACGCGGGGUUCCUGCUGGGCGCGGGCAUCAUGCUGGGCAUCGCCCUGGCCGAGGGUCACCUCCGCUCCUGGCUGCAGCCCUGACCCCCCGCCCCAGCCCGGGCUUCCAUCCUCCUCCUCCUCCUCCAGACCCCCAGGGGUCCCCGAGGGAGGGGUCGCGGGGGUCCCCUCGCUGUCCCCGGGCUGGACACGCGGCUCCGAACCCCGGCGGGUUCCUCCUGCUGAACCUCCGGAGGAGCUGA